AUGAAUGUAAAAAAGGAGGAAAAUGGAUAUGAAAAUAACGAUAAGAAAAAUAUAGAAGCAAUAAAAAAUGUUUCAUUACAAGAGAAUUCCAGUGAAACCAAAUUGAAAAACAAAAUUGUUAAAAAAGUAAGUUUUGCAGAUGAAAAUAAAUAUAUAAAAAAAGAGGAAAAUGAUUAUAAAGAAAAUAAAUUUAAUAAAUAUAGUGAUAACAUAAAUAAUGUGAAUGAGAGAAAAAAAUAUUAUUUUAAUUUUUCCGAUUUGAAUGACAAUAAUAACAAUCAAAAUAGUGCUAUUAAUAGUGAUAACAACAAUAUAGAAAAUGAUACUUUAAAAAGUAAUGAUAAUUGUAUUAAUUUUGAAUAUAAAGAUAACUCGAAUGAUAUAAUAUACGAAAAAAGUGAUAAACAUGAAUUCAUUUAUAAUGAUAAAAAUUUACCUGUUUCCAAAAUUAAUUUAAAUGAAUAUGAGAUAAAAAAUAUAUUAGAUGAAAAUAAUGACGAGGAUAAUAAAAAUGAAGAAAAACAAUUAAAAAAUGAAAUGAAUAAUAUUAACUUUGAAAAAUCUUAUAAUGACAGCCUAAACAAUUAUUUAUCAUCAUCAUUUGUGGAUAUCCUAAAUACAAUGCAUGAAAAUAAAAAAGAUUUGAGUAAUAAUAAUGUUAAAAACUAUGUAAAUAAAAAUCUUACAGAAAAUUUAGAGAAUAAAGAUUUACAUUUUAUUUCAUGCAUUUUAUGUGGAGAUAGUAUAAAGGCAAAUUCUUCAAAAAUGUGUAAUAAUUGUUUAUUACAAAAUAUAGAAAGUAAUAGUGUAAAUAUAAACAAAGAUACUUACUUAAUAUAUUAUUGUCGUGAAUGUCGUAGAUAUUUACAUAAUAAAUGGGUAUACUGUGAAUUAGAAAGUAAAGAAUUGUUAGCAUUAUGUUUAAAAAAAGUUAAUAAAUUAAAAAAGCUGAAAAUUUUAAAUGCCAAAUUUUUAUAUACCGAACCACAUAGUAAAAGAAUAAAAAUUCAUUUGAGUGUUCAAGAAGAACUAUUAAAUAAUUUUAUUAGUGAAAUGGAGUUAAUUUUGCAUUAUGUAAUUAAAUAUACACAAUGUGAUGAUUGUAAAAAAAAAUAUACUCCUUAUACUUAUAAUACAUGUGUGUCAGUGAGACAAAAGGUAGAUCAUAAAAAGACUUUAUUAUUUUUAGAGAGUUUGUUAUUAAAGUAUAAUAUGAAUGAAAAUAUAAUUAAUAUUGUUACCAAUCCUGAUGGUUUAGAUUUCCAUUUUUUAUCAAGAAAUGAUGCAUUAAAAUUUUGUGACUUUAUUUUAAGCAAAACCAUAUCAAAAUGUAAAAAUUCAAAACAUUUAAUAAAUCAUGAUGCCAGUAAUAAUACAUAUAAUUAUUUAUAUACUUUUUCUAUUGAUAUAUGCCCAAUAUGUAAAUAUGAUUUAAUUUUUUUUCCAAAAGAUUUAUCAGUGAAAUAUGGAAUUAAAAGCUUAUUUUAUUUAUGUAUACAUGUUUCUAUUUUUAUUAUUUUAAUUAACCCAUUUUGCUUUUUAAAUAAUGUUCAUAUAUCACAAGAGAGAUAUAAUAAGUAUCCUUUUACUCCACUUUUAAGCAAAGCAGAUGCAAAAGUAUUUUUAAUACUUAAUGUAGAAUAUAUUAAUAAUGAUCAUUAUUCUAAAAAGGGAAAAAACUCUUUGGAGAUUAAUAAUAAAAACUUAAAUAAUAUAGAUGAUAAUAAUUCCUGUAAUAACGGAAACAGUAAUAGUAAUAACAGUGACAAGAAAAAAAAUAAUUUAAAAAGAAAAAAAAAAAAUUCUAGUAAUAUUGAUGAAAUACAAGAAGAUAUCAGUGAUGAUUAUGAUAUUACUGCGGAUAGUCUUAUAGAUACAAAAAGUUGCAAAUCUUCUUCAAGGAAAUUAAAAUUAGAUAAUCUUGUUUAUGCUUAUGUUGAAUUAUAUGAUGAAUCUAAUGGAAGUACUAUAUUAACAAAAACUUGCAAUGCAAAACAUUUAAGACCAGGAGAUUAUGUGAAUGCUUAUGAUUUGAGAAAGCAUACUUUUGAUAACGAAAUAAGCUUAUUUUUAGAAAAAGAUGAUAACUAUAAUAUAAUUAUCAUUGAUAAAGUAAAAUCAAAGGAAAAACAAAAGAUUGAAAAUGAACUAAUAGUUCAAAAUAAAAAUAUUGAGACAUUAAAGAAAAUUAAAGAAGAUAAUAUUAAUAGAAUUAUUUUAAAUAACUGCAAAGAAUUAGAAAAUAUGAGCAUUACAUAA